GCUGGCAUCAAAUUUAAAACAGUGUCAUGGCGCUAUUAUUUGUACAAAGCAUCAAAUAUUAAAUUGUACGUAUAUGUGUGACUCGACAUUUUAAAUUCUGACUCAAACUUAAAGUAAUUAAGCCAGUAGUGUUAUUAUUUGUUACGACUGGAGUGAAAAUGAACUACAUUACAAUCAUUUGGCUCCUGUCCACGUUUAUUCUGUCAUUUACCGGCAUACUUGUGUUGUAUUUUCCUAUUCAUGUUCCACAGAUUUUAAGAAGUUUCUUUAAAUAUGGAAAAGCAGCAGAACCGUAUGAGAAAUAUUAUCAUUUUCUUCGUGUUUUAGAGCUCCCAAAGAGUUGGUUUGUUCACUUCUACAUAUUUGCCAGCAUACUGUAUUCAUUUGUGACUUGGAUGAUAUGUAGUGUGUAUUUUCAGAAGAAACAAGUCCCAAGUUUUGUAUUAGAUUUGUUACAUAUAUUUGCAGGACCAAAUCAAAGAGCAAGUGCUUCUCCAGAAGCGGUAGUGCUUGUGGAAUCUUUACUUCUACUUCACAUAUACCAACGUUUGUAUGAAUGUGUGAACGUCAAUGUGUUUUCUGCGGGAAAAAUUAAUAUUCUGCAUUACUGUGUUGGCCAUGGCUUCUAUGUUGGAGUCGCCCUGACAAUCCUGGAAGAAGCACCAGGAUUUUCUUUGAAUGAGACUCGAGAAUUAACUCACUAUAGCUGGUCAUCAGUGAAAUGGUACCAGGCUUUUGGAGUAUUGCUAGGACUAUGGGGUAUCUACCUUCAGCAUUCCAGUCAUGUAAUCCUCGCCAGUCUGCGUAAAAAUUCCAAGGGCUCAGUUGUGACGUAUCACCACCAGUUACCAAGUGGAGGAUGGUUUGACUGGGUGUCUUGUCCUCAUUAUUUUGCAGAAAUUGUUAUAUACAUGGCUAUGAACCUUAUUUUAGGAGGUCACCAUGGGAAUUGGUGGUUAGUUUGUUUGUGGGUUAUCUGCAACCAGGUUCUUGCUGCAAUAAUGUCUCACCACUGGUACAAGAGCAACUUUAAAGAAUAUCCAAAGACCAGAAGAGCCAUUGUUCCUUUCAUUCUUUGAAAUACCGAAUCAUAACUCCAUAUAUUGUUUUGUUAGACCAAAGAAGGUUUAAACAAUGUUUUGCUGUUGUUACUUAAAAUGUUUAUUCCUGAUAUAAAGUUUAUUGUUUGAA